AUGUCAGCAAUUGACCCAGACUGCGGCGUCAACGCCAUCGUCAACUACACUCUUGGGGAAGGAUUAGCAAGGCCGCAGUUCGCAGUGAAACCUGACUCGGGAGAAUUAUGCAUAUCAGCUCCGUUGGACCACGAAACUAAUGCCGACUUUGAAUUUCCGAUCAUCGCUACUGAUAGAGGGGGCCUGUCCACGACGGCCAUGGUGAAGAUCCAACUUCUAGAUAUCAACGACAACGUACCAGCGUUCGCUGUUAAAGAUUACAACGUCUCGCUGAAAGAAGGAAGGGUAUCGACCAGCGAGCCGAUCGUCGCCGUGUCCGCGAACGAUGCUGAUUCGGGAAGAUUCGGGACUAUUACCUACAGGAUCAUUGGUGGGAAUGACAACGAUGUUUUUCGGAUAGACAGGAGUUCUGGGGAGAUCUUCGUGAUCAAACCGGCGCUGAUUCAAGCGAAUGGAAGAUUUGAUCUGGAGAUAUCUGCGACGGACGGUGGUGGAUUGACCGCAGCUCAGGGUGCGAUAGUCCAUGUCAAUGUUAUGCCAGCCGGUGUGGGUGCAGCGCUGUUCGACAAACCGAGAUACAACUUCCAUGUUAGAGAAGAUGCUAGAACUGGAACUAUUGUUGGGAAUCUUAAAGCGACUGGCGGUGAUAGAGGUAAAUUGAUGCGAUACAGCAUAGUAUCAGGGGACCCUGGACACCAAUUCACGAUAGAACCCCACACGGGAGCCAUCAGGACGUCUGGUCAGCUGGAUAGGGAGGCCGUACCCUCGUAUCUUCUUAAUGUCAGAGCGACUAAUGGGAAUACUGCAAGCUUUGAUCAAACUCAAGUACAAAUUACGUUGGACGACGUGAAUGACAACGCACCGGGCUUCGGUACAUCUUCAGUCAAGGUCUCCGUGGCAGAAUCGGCGUCUAUCGGGUCCGUUGUCUACGCCGCGAGAGCCACAGAUGAAGACGAGGGUCGAAACGGUCAGGUGUCAUACAGCCUGUUAUCAGCCACGGGGCCUCUGAAUACCUUUGCUGUUAAUUCGCAGCACGGUCUCGUUACUCUUCUUAGGCCGUUAGACUAUGAAAACCUAGUUCGACAUACGCUGGUGAUAUCUGCCAAAGAUGGCGGUGCACCUCAGCUUUCUGCAAACCUGACGCUAGUUAUAGACGUGCAGGAUGUCAAUGACAAUCCUCCUGUCUUCGAACACGAUAUUUACACCGCUAAUGUUUUGGAAUCGGAGCCUAUUAAUACUAAAAUUCUAGAAAUUCAAGCUAUAGACAAGGACACGGGUAACAACGCCCGAAUAACAUACCGCAUCGUAUCAGACAAUAGCACGCACUUCAAGGUGCAGCCGAGCACCGGCUGGGUGCAAUUGGCGAAGGAGCUCGACCGGGAAUCGAUCCCGCAACACAACAUGACGAUUAUAGCCUCGGACAAUGGCAUUCCACCGCUGUCGGCGACCGUCAGCCUCCUCGUCAACGUUAUAGAUGCUAAUGAUAAUGAUCCAGUUUUCUCUCAAGCCAACUAUCAGUUCGAGGUUGAGGAGAACCGUAAGGCUGGAGCGUUUGUUGGGAAGAUCUCGGCCAUUGAUGCGGAUUUGGACGAUAACGCCGCAGUCAGAUAUAGUCUGUUUCCUACUAAUACGAGCUUUGUUGUCAACCCAGUCACUGGGAUUAUAACAACGAAAGAAAUGCUCGACCGCGAAUUCAAGCACGCCUAUUCGCUCUUUGCGGAAGCCAAAGACCAAGGUGCAUUACCCCGUUCCACAAGAGUACCGGUGCAUAUUAGAGUUACCGAUGUAAAUGACAACUCACCCGAAAUUGUCGAUCCUAGAGAAGAUGUUGUUAGUGUCAGAGAAGAACAGCAACCUGGUGCUGAAGUGGCUAAAGUCAAAGCAAUAGAUAGAGAUAAUGGAGUGAAUGCUUCUGUGUCCUAUUCUAUUCUUAAUGAUAGAGACACUGAUGGCUUUGGCGUUUUCGUUAUUGAUUCUGUGACUGGAAUUAUUAAAACUAGUACAGUAUUAGACCACGAAGAGAGAUCAAUAUAUCGCCUAACGGUUGCUGCCACCGAUGGCGGUCAUCCUCCAAGACAGACUGUUCGUCAGCUUAAAGUAGAAGUUCUGGAUCUUAACGACAACAGACCAACGUUUACUAGCUCAAGCUUGUCUUACAAGAUUCGUGAAGAUUCGAAAAUUGGCCACGUUAUUGGCACUGUAACCUGCUGCGACAGUGACAUCCGCGAAAACUCUAUAAACGGCGAAGAAGAGAGGCAGAUCUCGUAUUUACUAAUGUCUUUGACGUCCGACUAUUCUCCAGGAACUUUCGAAAUAGAUAGAAGAACCGGCUCGUUGGUAGUAGCGAGACAGCUCGAUAGAGAAAUACAAGACGAAUAUAGAUUAGAAAUAAGGGCUUUGGAUACAUCAGCAACAAACAAUCCUCAAAGCAGUGCAGUCACGGUCAGGAUAGAAAUCAUAGAUAUCAACGAUAACGCUCCUCUAUGGCCCGAGGAUCCAAUAAGAAUAGAAGUACCAGAAACAACAGCCGUUGGGGUUAAUAUCCACAACUUUACCGCCAAAGACGAUGACGCUGGUGUGAAUGGCGAAAUCAAUUUUCGAGUAGUCUCAUCCAUACCUAGCUCCAAGGCUACUUUCAAUUUAGAUCCUCUCACCGGUACUCUGACGCUUAUAUCUCCUCUCGAUUAUGAGACACUUCAAGACUAUUGGCUGGUUGUGGAGGCAGUUGAUCAAGCAGUGAAUAUUACUGAACGACUUGCAACAUCAGCUACUGUACAUGUGAUUGUGCAAGAUGCUAAUGAUAACACUCCUACUUUUGUGUCUGCUCGCAAAGUUUCUGUUACACUAAACGCGCUAACAGGUGUCUUGUAUCAAGCUUUAGCUGUCGAUUCUGAUUCCGGUGAUAAUGGCAAGAUUUCGUAUUACAUAUCGAAUGGUAACGACCAUUCCUACUUUGCAAUGGAUUAUGAUUCGGGAAGGUUGACUCUAUCUAAAAAGUUUGCAUCCGAUACGUCUAAAAUGAGACCCGGUCAAUACAAACUUAAUUUGACCGCUUCCGACCACGGCUUGCCGUUUCCUAGACAAAGUCACAUGACCUUAGUUCUUCAUUUGCUAGAAUCGACUAACACCCCUCCGAGAUUUAGUGAAGCGACAUACAAAGCUAACAUCAGUGAAGACAUACGCCCUGGCAGCUUUGUAACUAGAGUUUCAGCGAAAUCUUCAAGAGGAAAUUCAGGUAAUUUAAACUACACAAUACCAUCAGGAGUAGCGGACGAUAACUUUGCAAUAGACGGGAAAACAGGAACAAUAACUGUCAUAUCUAAAAUUGACAGAGAAGAAACCCAACAAUUUGUAUUUCCUGUUUACGUCACCGACUCGGGCAACUUUCAGUCGCCCACUAACUUCGAUGUAGCUACAGUAACUAUCAGUGUUUUGGAUGACAAUGACAAUGCUCCAACUUUCAAACCUGGAUCCUGUUACACUUUGACAGUUCCUGAAAACAAUGACCCAGAAGUAAUACAUACUGUGUCAGCUACAGACAAAGACAUCGGGGCUAACGGAGUUAUAACUUACAGUAUAACAUCUGGAAAUAACGGGAACAAGUUUACCAUCGACUCUACUACGGGGAAAUUGACAGCUAAAACUCUAGACCGUGAAACACAAUCACGAUAUGAAUUAACUAUAACAGCUUAUGACCAUGGUUCCCCGGUAGCUUUGCAAGGCGCCUGUAAUAUUACUAUAAUGGUCGAAGACCAAAACGACAACGACCCCGUAUUUGACACGGGACAUUAUUCAGCAGCUAUUCCAGAAGACGCUCCAAUUGAUACUUCUAUAAUAAAAGUAAGGGCGACUGACGCAGACCUAGGAUACAAUAAACGUAUUGUCUAUUCCCUAGCAAAUGAGAGUCAAGGCUUAUUUCGCAUAGACAAUAAAAGUGGCGUCAUUUAUACAACUGGACAUUUCGAUCGUGAAAAGAUAAGCUUGUACCGGUUUGAAGCUGUCGCCACUGAUCAAGGGCGGUACAUCGCAAGAUCCCAAAGAGUAUCAGUCGAGGUUACAAUCAAUGACGUAAACGAUAACAAGCCUAUAUUCACCAAAUAUCCAUUUAGAGAACAAAUAGCUACGUUGACUCCACCCGGGCAAAGUCUUUUGCGUGUUGCUGCUAUCGAUAACGAUAUUGGCACCAACGCCGAAAUUCUAUUUGAACUUCUAGAUAGCUCUAAUCAGAAAUUUAGGAUAAAUCCCACUACUGGGGUGCUAACGUCGACUCAAAGUCUAGCUAGUGAGAAUGGUAAACUUAUACACCUUAAAAUAGUGGCUAAGGACAAAGGUAAUCCACCGCAGAGCUCGAUCGGCCUUAUAGAACUACGUAUUGGUGAUUUUUCUGAUCAGACACCGACGCUGAAUUUCCAAAACAGUACCUACAAUGUCACUAUAGACGAGAAUCUGGGUUAUGGUCGCGAAGUUUUACAAGUGACCGCGUUGAGAAGCGACGGACGACGGCAAAAAGUUGUCUACGAAAUCGGUAAUGGAAACGAUCAAUAUGCCUUCGAAAUAGAUAGUAACACGGGUGUGAUCAGGGUAAAUAAUUCGGAAAAUUUGGAUUACGAAACAUAUCCAGGUCCUAAGAGGACGCUCGUCAUCAUGGCCAGGACUGAAGGUUCUUCUGCAUUAUACGGAUACUGUGAUGUUAUUGUAAAUCUUGUAGAUCAAAACGAUCACGCACCACGCUUUACGCAACAGCAGUAUAUAGCUAAUGUAUUCGAAGGCAAUACUAAGGGUGAAUUCGUCGUACAAUUAGCAGCAAAAGAUGACGACAAAGGAGCGAACGCGAGAAUACUUUACCACAUCGUAGAUGGAAAUCACGACAACGCAUUUAUUAUUGAACCGGCAUUUUCCGGUUCAGUCAAGACCAAUAUUGUUCUAGAUAGAGAGAUACGUGAGUCGUACAAAUUAACAGUAAUCGCUACAGACGAGGGCAAUCCGCAAAUGACUGGGACCGCUACUCUGCGAAUCAAUGUCGUUGAUGUGAAUGAUAACCAGCCUACGUUUCCUCCACCGAAUGUUAUAUCAGUAUCCGAAGGCACAGAAGUCGGCGCGAUUCUAACAUCUGUUACGGCGAAUGACGUGGACACUUACCCCGCUUUAAAAUACGCGUUGAUACAAAACGAGAACAUGUUCUCGAUUGAUAGAUACAGUGGGAAGGUGGUUCUAAAUAAACCACUGGAUUUCGAGAAUCAGAAGACCUUCACGAUCAACGUGACCGCCUCGGACACGGAGCAUAUAGCUGCGACUACAUUGACCGUUCAAGUUACUGAUGUCAAUGAUAAUGCUCCUGUUUUCGAAGAAGUGUCGUAUAGUAGUAUUUUACCAGAAGGAACCGGCACAAUCGAAAUUGGUGCUGUGAAAGCUAUGGACAGAGAUAGUGGUGAAAACAGCAAUAUUUCAUAUUACUUCUUGCAACCAAGAGAUGGGUAUUACAUAGACGCAGUGACUGGAGUUAUGUAUGUGAACUAUAGCUCUCUACCGAGUAACCACAGAGACAUUCAGUUGGCAGUAAUUGCGACAGAUCAUGGCAAACCGAAUAACUCAGCUAUGGUCUCCGUGAGGAUUAGCAGCGGAGCUUCUUCAGAGAUAAAGCCUUUUAUUGGCCAAGAUACAUACAGAAUAACUCUGAAUGAAGACACAGAAGAAGGAACAUCCUUACUGCAGAUUGGCGGAAUCAAUGACGUCUUGAAGAAAUAUAAUCUUGAUUUUCACAUCAUCACCGGAAACGAAGGAAACGCUUUCGACAUAACAUCAGAAGGAACACUGAUCCUCGUGAAAAAGCUGGACAGAGAAAAACAAGAUUCAUUCGUACUCGGACUUGCUGCUGUUGAACAAGGCAAAAUGAUAUCAUACAAACAAAAUAAAACAUCGAUAUUAAUAUUCUUGACAGUCACAGAUGCUAAUGAUAAUCCUCCUAUAUUUGCAACUAACACUUUUGAGCUCACUGUUAGCGAAGAUGUUAAAAUAGGACACAUUCUAACACAGCUAUCCGUCACUGAUGCUGAUUUGUAUGGGACACCUAAUUCUGCUGUCAUCUUCAACAUUACAUCUGGUGAUGACGACAAAUCAUUUUACGUUCACCCUACAACUGGCGUAUUAACUGUAAACAAAACUCUAGAUUAUGACACGGGGAAAACAAAAUAUAAGGUUGUCGUCGUUGCCUGUGACCAAGGGACUCCCUGUUUAUGUAACGCUGCUUAUAUCGAAAUUGGUAUCAUUGACAUCAAUGACAACAUACCUGCCUUCCCCGUUAACGAAUAUUUCGAAGGCAUAGCUGAGAAUGAAAGAGUCGGAACUUCUGUUUUUACAGCCAGGGCCACUGAUUUGGACAAAGGAAAAUUUGGUUCAUUGAACUAUUCAAUAGUCCCGAUAUCUAUGAAUUACAACAAGAACGAUGACUCGUGGAAAAUGUUCCAAAUAGAUCCUGUUAGUGGUUUGGUAAACACUAACGCUGUUUUUGAUUAUGAACAAAAGAAUAAAUAUGAAUUCUCAAUUAAAGCCUCAGACUUGGGUGGGAAGAUUUCUACAGUUAAAGUAAGAAUUGAUAUAGAAAGUAGAGACGAAUUUUACCCACAGUUCACUCAAAAGACUUAUAACUUUGGCGUUCCGAAAUCUGGAUCUUUGCCAGCAGGUUAUGUGAUCGGCCAAACGACCGCAACUGACAGAGACAAGGGCAUUGACGGCCGUAUAGUGUACCAACUUUCUACUUCUCACUCUUUCUUUAAAAUCAAUAGGACUACAGGAUUGAUUAUGUUUAAAAAGAAAGUCGACUCAAUACAAAGCUUAUUCGGCAGCGACAAGUCUAUAAGCUUAGUGAUAACUGCAAGUUCCGGAAGACAAGGAUCACUAACGAACAAAACUGCCGUGGAGAUAUUACUUGACCCCUCUGCCGUUGUAUCAGAUGGUACCAAUAUUCUCAACGAUCCGGCUUUGGCUCAAAAUAGUGGUCUUUCAGACUGGGCGCUGGGCCUGUUAAUUGCUUUUAUAUUUAUCAUAAUUAUAUUCGCCGCCGCUUUCUUAUUUUUGCACAUGAAAAAUAAAAGGCAUAAAAAAGAAAACAAACCGGGUCUAAGUUCAGAGGGAGUCGGCGCGACGAAUAGUUACGUCGACCCGAGUGCAUUUGAUACGAUACCGAUACGAAACACCGGCCCCGUAAAUUCGGCUAAUCAGUUUGCUCCACCAAAAUAUGAUGAGAUCCCACCGUACGGAGCUCACACGGCCAGUUCUAACUCUGGAGCGGCGACAACUAGUGAGCUUUCUGGUUCUGACCAAUCCGGCUCCAGCGGACGUGGCUCAGCAGAGGACGGCGAGGACGGGGAAGAUGAAGAAAUCAGAAUGAUCAAUGAAGGGCCAUUACAAAGAGAAAGGAACACUAACGGCGUAGACGAUGACAACUUGUCAGACGUUUCCGUUCAUAAUACUCAAGAAUAUUUAGCUAGACUAGGUAUAGUGGACACGGGUACCGGAGGCGCUUCGACGUCGUCCCGGAGAUGUUCCGAAAAUGUCGCAAACAAAGAUCCGAUGUUACACCACGUUCCCAUCGACCCGAUGCACAAUAUAUUCGACGAAGACGGCGCACACGAGAACGACAUUACUAAUUUGAUUUAUGCAAAGUUAAAUGAAGUAACCGGGAGCGAUAGAGGCAGUAGUGCUGAUGAGGCUAACGCGGCCGUAGAUAGAGCGAUGGCGUUAGGAGCUUUUCCAAGUGCACCCGGCGAAAAUACCGCCGUACCGACGGCUGGACCGUCCAUGACUGGAAGUCUCAGCUCUAUCGUGCAUUCCGAGGAAGAAUUAACCGGUAGUUAUAAUUGGGACUAUUUAUUAGAUUGGGGUCCGCAAUAUCAGCCUUUAGCUCACGUGUUCUCCGAAAUAGCUAGAUUAAAAGACGACGCUGUCUCUCUACAGAGCGGUAAUAGUGGGGCGUCUAGUGCGAAAAGUAAAGGGACUUCGAUGUCCGGCGGAAAGAGCGUACCGCCACCCUUAUUAACAACGGUCGCUCCUAGAAGCUGUCCGGCACCUUCGUUGUCUUGCAGGCAGCCCCAGCACUUACUUCCGCGAUCGCCUAUAAGUCACGACGUCCCUGGGGGCUUUUCAGCCGCUGCGGCGAUGUCGCCGUCUUUCUCGCCCUCUCUCUCGCCCCUAGCCACUAGAUCGCCUUCCAUGUCGCCCCUAGUAGGGCCAGGCUUACCCCCUGCGCCCGGCAACAGAAAACCGACUCACUCCACGAUGAGACUAUAA